UCCUUUCCAACCGGGCCACACCACGUUCUUUUGAGGACGUGGCCGGGGCUCGUCAGCGUCGCCUUCGCUUUUCUUUUUUCCCGUUCCUCUUCUCCUCCGGCUCCCACCCACCACCUGCUAGCUUGACUGCUCCCUCCGGCUUUAAUGCCUCCGGCGCCGAGUCGGUGGUGCCACUAGAGCUCCGAACUGUCUCUGUAGUAGAGUUACGCUGUGCCUGUGCGCGGUGUGGGUGGCAGUGGUGGUGACGGUGCCGUGGUGGUGGUUGAGUGGUUGGGAUGGGCAGGGCAGAGUUGGCGACAGGAGCCGAGGAAGCUGUUGCGUGGCGCGUGUCUCCCUGUCGCCCACAGGUUACGGUAUUAUUAUUCCCCUACGAGGAAUGAAUACUGGAGAGGGAGAGGGAAUUGGAAUUUGAGGCGUUGAGCUGGGGCAGGGAGAGAAGCGGGUGCCUUGAUCCAUUUGCGCCUCGGCUUUCGUCCUCCUCGUCGUCGCGAGGGAAAAUUGGAAGUUUUGCAGCUAGCAAGCUAGUGAGGAAACGUAAAAUUGAUUCUAUACUUUGUACUUCAAUCAUGUCGGACUGCGCUGGGAGUAUAUAUGAUAAGAAAGAAGAUUUCAGUGUUCUUUUGAGCAAGAAAGAUCCUGGAGAGUCACCAGAACACAAGCAUUACCUGUGGAUGUCACACUGGACCAGAGCAAGCAGCAGUGCAGAACUCCAAAAUAACAAGAGCUGCAAUCGUUUGGAGGAUAUCAAUAAGGGCACUAGUACAAGAGAUAGUGCCAUUUUACCUUUUAGAUUCAUGAAAUCUACAGUGGCUGAAAGGGUGAUGGUAGGAGUAAGCCAUGGAGGUGCCUCUGUUCAGCAUUCUCAGGAAUUCACUUCUAAUAUGAGGGCUGUGGCACAUGAUGUUUGCAAAGAAUUGGGAACGAAGAAUAAUGAACAGGGUGAUCAGUCUUUUGAAAGAUCUAUGAAACAUAAAGAUGUGAACUUACAUGCCAGUGCAGUAAUCUCCGAAGCAUAUUCAAUUCGCAAGCUUUCACAAUUACCAUUGGAUUUUCAGAAACUUGGGAGCUCAGACAAUCUGAGUUCAGAUUGGAGCCACUUUCCUAUGUUCGACAUUAACCGAAAAAUUGACAAUAUACUCAACCCAAAACGAAGGUCUGCACUUGAUCCUGCAUCUCUGAAUGUAAACAUGUCUACAUGCCAUGUGAUGGCAUUGUCAUCACAGGAAUAUGGGAUGCACUCUCAUCAAAUAGCUGAUGAGAAUAUGGAUAUAUGCAAACCUGCAGGAGCCAUUGUAUCUGACCUAGAAGAUCCUGCUGGCCUCAGUUCUGAUCCUUCAGGGAAAAAGUUAAAGAGACAUUUAUUGGAUACAAUGUCAUGUUCUUGCAGCAAGGACGGCAAUGACUCAUCAAAUUGUCUAAUAGAUGAGCAGCAUACAAGCCACUAUUUUGCGAACUCUAAACAUGAGCCACCCUAUGCGUCUUCUGAAAAGAAGUUCAAGUUUGUAGGAAACAAAAAGAAUCAAAUUGCUGCAAGUGCAUUUCACAAUCAGAAGUCAAGAACAUCUGCUGUUCAUAAACAACAAGAUGCUACAGGAGUCAUGUAUUGUGCACCAUUACUUGGCAGAGAAUUUCAGAAUGAACCAACAAAUUGUUCCAACAUUGUUUCAAGUUCUUUAUUACCUUACGAGCAGCCGCAUUUGAAAACACAGAGAAUGGAAUCUGCAAAAAAAUUUGAAGACACUUACAUGUUACCUGAUCCAAUUACAAACACAUUGACAGUAAAUAGCAAUGGUGAGCCGUGGGCACAUGGAAAAGAGUCAACGGAAAAAUCUACAGGCUCUUGUAAACUAAAAGGGCCCUGUUUGUUUGAGAGGCUAACAAUACCUUCCAAGUCACAAAGUGCAUAUCCUAAAAAGUCAGCGUCUUCAGGAAAAUCUAGUGGUUUUAGAGUUUGUAUGUAUGGUACAAAUAUUGGUAGUCGUCUGUUUGGAGCACAGAAUCAAUCGUCAGCUAAAACUGAAACAUUGUACAGUGACACUCUUAUUGUGUCAGAAUCCUCAGCAGGCAUUGCUUCACUGUCGGCACAGAAGGAGUAUGGUUGCCCAAAUGAAGCGAAAAUUGAGCAGCUGGCAACUCAGUCCAUGGAAAAAGAUACAGAAUACAGUAAAGAAAACAGAUUCCAGAAUGCGAGUGAACAUCACGAUGUUUCCUUCAAAGCAGCUAAUGCGAGUAAGCAAGAAUCAUGCAUGCCCAGAACAGGAAGCACGAACCUAGAUCUCAUACCAUUCCAAACGGGCAGGGUGAGAAAUCGAAUUUCCAGUGGUAUAGUUCAAACACAAGUAAGCACUCAGCCAAGUGAUAGAUGGCUCAAGCGCCUACAGAUUAAUAUAUCAGAUCCUGAAAUUCCUUGUUCCAAGAGAUCAAAAGUUGGAGACAGUCUUCCACUUAGAGAGGCAACUUGCUUGUUUGGCAUGACACUUCAUUGCGACAAGGAUGAUGCUGAAAUGGUCGACCGUUUUAAGGAGGACCAGGUGUUGGGUGAAGGGAGUAAACUCCAAGACAAGCAAGAAAUACCCCCUGUUCCAGCCAAGAGUAUGAAUCGUUGGAUAGGAAGAUGGUGCCAGGGUGGCACUCCCCUUCUUCAUGAAGACCCAGGUCAAGGAAGGCAAGCAACAAAGCCUGAUCAGGCAUCCGAGGAGCUUGGAGGCCAGUUCCCGAGCAUCGCAGCAAUGGCCAUGAUGGGGCGUGCAAUGAACAAGCUUCGGCCCUGUGAGCAUCAUCAGAAGGGCCCUCUUGUGGUGUGGAAGACAGAGUGAUUCUGGUUCGAGUUUUUGGUUUGGGUAAUCUUCUGGUUUCUUUCAAAGAGCGUAAAGCAGAUGUGAAUGUUGCCAGUCAUCGGUUCUACGUCACGGUUUAUUUUUGUUAUUAUUGUGUUCUUCUGAAGGAAAUUAACUAGUAGCCACUGAUGGUGUUCUUAAACCAUCAGCAGCGAACUAUACUCGUGUCGCUAUGAUGUAUUGAAGGCUCAGCUGAAGGGCAAUAUCAUUUUUUAUGUGCAGAA